GGUCAGCACACCAACACGGCGAGGGAAACAACACUGAGCUUUAAAGGCACAUCACCAAAGCCGCAGAGAGGCACGAGCUUCUUUCCGUUCCAGAUACUCCCAUAGCGUAGCGCAGCCUAGCGUGGCACAUUUCGACUAGAAGACAAGCCAAGAGAGUAGAAGUACAAACAGGAAUAUUCCCCCCCCAUCGCUCGCUUCAGCUGCCCGUCAACAAUGAGAGAGGAGGUGGACGGUCCCGACCUUUCAACAUCUUCAGAGCAGCAGAUUCCACAUUUUCUCCAAGACGUCGUCUUCCACGGCAAGUUUGAGCUGCUAAAGGCUCAAACUCCAACGGAAAACACCCACGGUCAGAGUGGCCUCUACUUCCAAGAUGGCCAGCGCCACGUGGACUAUGUCCUCGCCUACGCUGUGAAGAAGUCGUCUGGCGGACGUUCCAUUCGCCACACGACACAUUUGUUCACCGAAAAUGUCGUUGCCCGCAGCCUGCGACGCAGCCAUCACCCUCAGAAAUCUGCCGCCAAAAACCCAUCGCCUUCGCCGACUCCUGCGCUAUCCCACGCGGAGCUUCACUGCCCAGGAGAGACCUUCAACGCCCAGGAGGAUCAGAAAGCUUUCAGGAGGGAGGAGUUUGAGGGGAAACUCAGCGAUAUGGGCCUCCAGUUGGAGAUCGAUGAAGAUACCAAAAUUCCAGGGGUGGGCUUUGUGAAGAUCCAUGCUCCGUGGAAUGUUCUCUGUCGAGAAGCGGAGUUCAUGAAGCUAAAGAUGCCCACCAAAAGGGUGUAUGAAGUGAAGAAGUCAAGCGGUGUUAUAGAGAAGAUCAGCUUACUAGUCAGUAAAGUUGUGGAGCCUCUUCAUCCGCAUGUUGAGGGACGCCAACCAAGGAACAUCAAACACCUGUCCCACACCUUCUCCAGGGAGAAGCAGCACCUGUUUGACCUUUCAGACAAGGAUUCCUUCUUUGACAGUAAAACCAGGAGUUCAAUAGUUUAUGAAAUACUAAAAAGGACUAAAUGCAAGGCCAAGUACAGCAUGGGUAUCACCAGUCUCCUGGGUAGUGGUGUCUAUACAGCUGCUUACCCGCUUCAUGACGGCGAUAUCGAUGAAGAGAGCGCAGAGCCUAACGACAGAAAACUUUUGUACGAGGAGUGGGCAAAUUACGGCGUCUUCUACAAAUACCAGCCCAUCGGACUUGUACGGAAGUACUUUGGGGAGAAGAUCGGACUGUACUUCGCUUGGCUGGGACUCUACACUCAGAUGCUGAUUCCUGCUUCCCUGGUGGGCGUCAUCGUGUUUCUUUAUGGAUGCGCAACGGUUGAUGACAACAUACCAAGCAUGGAGAUAUGCCACCCGAGGAACAACAUCACCAUGUGCCCCAUGUGUGAUAAAGUCUGCAGCUACUGGAGGCUGAGUUCUGCCUGUGGAACUGCAAGAGCCAGUCACUUGUUCGACAACCCAGCUACUGUUUUCUUCUCCAUAUUCAUGGCUCUUUGGGCGGCCAUGUUCAUGGAACAUUGGAAGAGGAGACAAAUGAGACUGAAUUAUGAAUGGGACCUGACCGGGUUUGAAGACGAUGAGGAAGCGCUCAAGGACCACCCCAGGGCGGAAUAUGAAUUCCAAGUCAUGCAGAAAUCUCUGAGCAGACAUCACAAGACACCGUACAAGAUGGAAAAACUGACAUGUCAAGAUCGCCUCCCUGCCUACAUGACUAAUAUUGUCACAAUGUUGUUAAUGAUCGGUGUAACAUUUGCCAUUGUGUUUGGUGUCAUUCUCUACCGGAUCUCCACAAAAGCUGCUCUACAUAUGAGCUCCAAUCCAAUGACACGAAACCACGUACAGCUUACUGUCAAAACCACGGCAGCCAUUAUCAACCUUGUGGUCAUCCUCAUACUGGACGAAGUGUAUGGUGCGGUGGCGCGAUGGCUCACGGUUUUAGAGGUUCCAAAAACGGACAAGAAUUUUGAGGAGAGACUCAUCUUCAAGACAUUCAUUCUGAAGUUUGUUAAUGCUUUCACUCCAAUCAUCUACAUCGCUUUCUUCAGGGGAAGACUUGUAGGCCGACCAGGCAGCUACUUAUACGUGUUUGAAUCCUACCGAAUGGAAGAGUGUACUCAUGGAGGCUGUCUGAUGGAAUUGUGUAUUCAGCUGAGUAUCACCAUGUUGGGAAAGCAGCUCAUUCAGAACAACCUUUUUGAGAUCGGAGUACCCAAGCUAAAGAAGUUCAUUCGCUACAUCCAAUCCAAACAAGGGACUUUUCAAGAGGAAGAAAGACAGAAGAAGCUGCAGAGAUAUGAAACCGACCAUUUCCUGGAGCCAUUUUCGGGGUUAACGCCUGAAUAUAUGGAAAUGAUUAUCCAGUUCGGUUUCGUCACAUUAUUCGUGGCAUCCUUCCCCCUGGCUCCAUUAUUCGCUCUGCUCAACAACAUCAUUGAAAUCCGACUUGAUGCCAAGAAGUUUGUGACAGAGUUGCGGAGGCCAGUAACAGCCAGAGCCAAAGACAUCGGUAUUUGGUACAACAUCCUAAGAGGCGUUGCCAAAGUGGCGGUCAUUAUCAAUGCAUUUGUCAUCUCCUUCACCUCAGACUUCAUUCCUCGGAUGGUCUACCAGUACAUGUACAGCCCUGACGGCACCAUGCAUGGAUUUGUCAACCACACUCUCUCCUAUUUUAAUGUCAGCCACUUCCAGGAUGGGAAAGAGCCCAUGGAUCCCGUGCAACUUGGCUUUGCCGUUGAGAUAUGCAGGUACAAAGACUACAGAGAACCCCCUUGGUCGACAACUCCAUACGAGAUCUCCAAGGAAUUUUGGGCAGUACUCGCUAUUCGGCUUGCCUUUGUAAUAGUUUUUCAGAAUGUCGUCAUGCUGAUGAAUGACCUCGUGGACUGGCUGAUCCCGGACAUCCCCAAAGACAUCAGCCUGCAGAUCCACAAGGAGAAGAUUUUAUUGGUAGAUCUCUUUAUGAGGGAAGAGCAGGUAAAGAGCAUCCACUUGGAGAGCAGGGCCUCCGCAGCGAACAAGCGCAGCACGAUUAACAACACGCCGGCCCGGCCGCGCUCCGAUUCGCAGGCCCACGGCUAUCAGGAUGAGCCAUGAAACGAAGGGGCUUGAAUAGAAGCCAACCUUCACUUUUUCCAAACAUUCCAACGACUGAUAAGGCAGCUGGCCGAUGUGUGUGAUCGUCAUGGUAACUGGCAGGCGUCCUAUUUAACUGCAAUGUUGACGAUGUAAUGUCUGCAUUUGCUGCAUGCAUGCAUAUGUAUUACUCGCCGUGUAUGCAAACAUCUGUCAAUGGAAUUUGAGCGACGUUAUCAACAAAUAUGGCUGAAGACCAGUGACGUGCGGUGAUGUUCAUGGCUGGUGAGGCGCGGACUCCUUUGGCGAGUUUUAUUUUUUACAUUAAUACAGGUUGCUCAUUAAGAGCAUAACAGCCAAAAAAAAGUCUGAUCACCUUCUAGUGAGCCUGGACAUAUAAUAUUUCAUCUUCAGGAGGUUUGCCACCAGCUGCUUAUAAUUAUCUGCUUUGUCGUUUCCAAGAAACGUUGAUGAAAAAGUCAAUUUCUGUUACCGUUCAUGAAAUUUCUCUACAUGCAUGCAUUUUAUCCACUUUCCAAGAGAGAUAAAAACUAAAUAUUUUAUGUAAAAACUAUGGACAUAUUAAUAUGAAUGUAUUGGAAUGUGCAGACAGGCUUUCGGAUAGAACUGCUUGCUUGUAGAUGUACUGUACUUUCUGAUAAACUACAGUUUUUGCAUUAUUUUGACAUUAUUAUCAUUUUGGAAACUAUAGCCAAUUUGCACGUCUGAUUUUUUCUUAAUUAGUGACCUAUACCAAAUGAAAAAUGUUCCGGAAAAUUUGCAAAUGACAUCAUUUUGACUUAAGAGAAUGUUAAAAAAUGAUUGAAAUCAUCAAAUAAAUACAUUUAUGGUAUAGUUCAAUGGUUGGUGUCAAUUCCCUGACCAAACUUCACUGGUCUUUAAUUGCGGUUCUCAAACUUUUUGACAUUGAGGCCAUAUUUCAUCAGUGCAGAGUGGCCCGGGGCCCAUUAAAUAUUAAUAAUUGAUCUCAUUAAUUUGUUUUCAAUCAUAAAUCAAAUCCACUCACAGUUUAGCUAACAAGCUAAAACCUGAAUAAGCCUGAAUCUUAACUUUUGCUAAUAAUUCAUGGAACAAAUCAAGCAAGAAACAAUGUAAAGGCUUAAGUCAGGCUUAUUAAUUAAAAAAAGAACAAUAUUUAGAUUUAACUUUUAGCAGAAAAGUAGUCAGAAUAAAAAUCAAUGAAAUUAAUCAAUCAAUAAAAAAACGGUAGGCUCACGGCUCUGCCUUAGCUUCCUCCAUUUCCAAAACCGUACGUGAUGAAGUCAGGAUUGUACUUACGUAAAAGUAAAUAAUAAAAAUAAUAAAAAUAAAAUAAAAAUAGUCUUUUGGCGAGGACUGGCACCACUUUUGUCUUCAUUUUUCCGUUUUCUUUGCUAGUUGUAGUUGAAUGUCUUCGUCUGAUUUUCUCUGAGCUUGUUAAAACAACAUACUGACACAUUACCGCCACCAUUUGGUCGGAAGCUGCACUGCAACUGAGCGUCUAAUGGAUAACAUACGUAUAUUAGCAUAGCGGCUAGCCUGCCUCUGGUGUCUUCAGUUUAUAACGUACUGCGCAAGUGCCACGCCCCUCACGGCCCACUGGUGCAACACUCAAAGUGACCUAUAGGUGUCGCUUGAGACCCAAGUUUGGGCAGCGGUUAAGAAUCACUGCUUUAAAUGAUUCUGAGUCGGAGGCAAAACUGUUUUAAUUUAUUAUGACUCUUCGAUAAAAACUGUUUUAAAUUCAGUAUGAAGAUAUUUGUGAACCACUACUUGAGUCUUACACCAUGCUUCUCAAAACAAAAUAAAUCUAAAUUUAAAAGUGUUUUCACGAUCUAAAAGGUCUACAAAGAUAUUAUAUGUUGGUUGGAAAGAAACAUGUAGAUUUUGGAACUCUGGAUUUCAUUUUCUUCUAAUGAUAAAAAAUUGAAAUUGGAAUCAAAAUUCCCUUUAAGAAGAUGCAUAAAGUAGACAAAAUAACUCACACAUCAGGACACAAGAUGAUAUCAUUAUGCAUGUUCAGAAGUGACAUUUCUGGAGUGUGUUUGGUUGUGUCCUUAAACGCAGCGUCUAAGAUGAAUGAGUGACAUGCCACAAAAUUUAAAUUGUAUGAUUUCUUCCAUUAAAUUAUAUUAAUUUAUUCCCAGCGGUCUAUUUUUUCAUUCCGUAGCAUGUUUCUUGGCUUUAGUGCUUCUAACAGUGGACGUGUGGAAGAUUAAAAAAAAACAAUCUUUAUCUUUUUCCUAUCUUCAUCUUUAUAUGUGUUACCAUUUCAAUUUGCCCUUCAAAAUCAGGAGUGCUGGCCCCUGUCAUAUGCACAUUGUUAGCAACAAAGCUGAUUUUCUUUAGUCAAUCAGACUUCUUAUUCGGCUCUCAAGGCCAGCUUGCAGGCCCCCAGUCCUGAUUGGUUGACCAG